AUGUCAGAAGUUUUCCACAAAAAUUUUUACACCACGCGCAGUGCUGGAUAUAAAUACAGGACCUUAUCCACUAACACGCAGUCCAAGUUUGGAGACCUAUUGAAAAUAAAGGAAGACGGAAAACAUGUCAGUAUCUGGGAUAAAAAAAUUUCAGAGCUUAGAAAAGCCAUCCUUGCAAAAGUUUGCAAGGAAGCAUCAAUCGCUGAAGAAGUUCGCGACAAUAUGAGUAAAAAAUUUGAAAAAAUUGAUGCAAAAGUUGACUCGAUGUUAGAGCUACAAAAUACUGUCCUCUCGCUGCGGAAAGAUCUGUCUGCCGUAGGGACUACAUUGGUGGAAUUGGUAGACAAAGUCAAUAAAAUGGAUGCUAUCUCAGCUGCAAAUAGUUUUCAAUCGCGUAAGACAUACCGGACUCUAAGAUCAGUGCUCGAAGAACAAGAUGAAGUGUCUAUAGCAACUUACCUGCCUACGAAUACAUAG